UGGCAUUCAAAGGUCAGUGUCUUUUGCUUCUAUUCUUCCUUCUUUUCUUUGGUUUUCAUGAUGAAAAAACCAGAGGAUAAAGUGGUUGAGGUUAAGGAUGGCCUUUAUAAAUGGGUUCACACAGACGUUAAUUGUCGUGCGUCCCUUUAUUAGAACCCGAAAAUGCUGGCUUCGCUUAAUGCUUCAGACUAAGUUCGCAAGGACACCGGUUGUGGCAUUGAGUUGAUUGCUUGCAAUGGGAAAGUAAGGGUCUGUGAAAAAAGGCGGAUUGGGCGUAUUUUUAUGCUUAUACUUGUUCGUUCUCUGAGUUGAAUUUGAAGCUUCCUUUCACCAAUUUUGAAUGCAUGGUUUUGACCCAAUUGAACUGUGCUCCAUCUCAGCUUCAUCCCAAUUCUUGAGCUUUUCUUCGUGGUUUUGAGAUUCUAAUGAUGUUUUUAAAUCACACACCCUCGUUGAACCUGUUUUUCUCGCUUUUUCAAUCGAAAAGAGUUCGCAGAGGUCUCUGGAUAAACUUGAGUAGUUACCCAGGACGCGCUUUGUUUUCUUUAUUUAAAUCUUCUUUCAAAAGUUUUAAGGAAAUGUUUGUGAAAAUCCGUUCUUCUGAGACUGAGUAUCCCUUUUUUCUUGAUGAUGAACUGGGAGAAAAUUUCCCUCUCUAUUGGUGUCCUGAACCCAUGCAAGUUCUUGAUGCCUUAGAGAGAUUUGGGGAGGAUGAUCUAAUUUUGGAUUAUCUGAUUGAUGUGCUUUCUUCUGGUAAAUUAUUGUCCAUUGCCGAGCUUCUUAAGGUUGAGACUGAUUCUGAUGGGUUGAGUGAAUAUAUUGGUGGGAGGGUUCCGAGCUUGUCCUCAGCAAAUAUGAGAUCGUUUUUGGAGAAGAAAAGGGAAGGAACAGAUGCUUCUGCGAGUAAGGUUUUGAAGGAAGAUAACGCUGAUGUCGCUCAGUCAAGUGUACAUCCGCGUGGGGAGAAGAGGAAAAGUCCUGAGCCGGAAGGUUCACUCGAGAUUCUCUCUGGUUUUGACGUUACUGCCGGCUCCAGGAUCAGGAGUGGUGUUAGGAGGCAAAUACCAUUGCACGAAUUUGUGUCUGAGGGGAGUUCAGAAUCUGUAUGGAGUAAUCGGUUUCCAUUUUCUGCUGUUUCGGAUAAGGUCGGUCAGAAUGCUCAUGAUGUUCAGCUUUUGAAAGAUGUUGGCAAAGAGGUUGUUGGGAAGUAUAUGCAUGUUAGUCUUUUUGCAAUUUUGUUUUCCAUUAUUCUUGGAAAAUUUUGGUAUUUAUAAUAAUGUUUUUUACAGGUUAUUGAUACUAGGCUGCUUUGUGUUGGUCGUAGUGCUGAGCUUUUAGGCGCUCAGGAAAAGAAAAAUGCUGAAAAGGUCAAGCUUCUUGAGAAAUCACUUUUUGAAAGAGACGAAGUGAUUAUGGAUUUGACCAAGAGAAUGAAAGAUUUGGAAAAUGGUGUUGGGAGUUUGCAAGGCCAGAUUCGCUCCUUGCAGGAGCAGUCGAAGGAAUCUGACUUGGAGAAAGAAAGAUUGACUGCUCGGAUUCAGUAGCUAGAAGAUGGAGGCAUAGAAAUGUUUGUUGCCGGGUUUGACUGAGAUGUGAGUCAGGUGUCUGUCUUUGCUCCUGACUUCGAUGUCAGUCUGUUUGAUGUUAUGAAAAUAGUUGUUGGGGGAAUUUGGUGGAUGAUGAACCUGGGGAUGAAGCCCAGGAAGAAAAUGUGGAUGUUAAUGAUAAGUGAAUGUUUGUCUAUUGUUGAUCUUUGUAGACUUUGUUAGAGCUUUAGAUUGCUC